AUGCCACGUGGACCACAUCAACCUAACACACCAGUUGUGACUAAAAAUCCGUAUAUAAAAUUCAAAAAUGAUUACCCUUGCGCAACGUUCGAAUUAAGAACUCGGAUAUUGGAAUUCAAGCAAGCGUUAGAUCAAACAACUUUGAAUGAGGUCGAAAGUUGCAUUGAUGAUGUUAUUAAAGGUUUUUACUCUGCUAUUUCAGCCGCCGAGCUUGAC